UUGUCUAUAGUCUCUCAAAGUCGGGCGUUGGGUUAGAAAGUUCAAAGUCCACCCCUUCACGCGCUUCUCUUUCUUUCAAUUUCUUUCAUCUCUCAAUGUGUGUGUUCGCUCAAGCAUAGAGAAAAUCGAUUAAUAUAUAUAGAUAUAGAUAUAGAUAUAGAAAAGAACAAGAAAAUAGACAAAACCCGUCUCAUUUUCAGUUUAGAAAUAUCUCACCAGUUUCGAUCUUCUCAAUCUCGACUAGUUUUUGUACUUCUUCCUCCAUUUGGAACUUGGAAAAUCCCCCUUACUUUCUCUCUAUAUUUUCUCUCUCUAGACUGCCUAUCUGGGUCGGCGUUACCUACCCCCAAGAUUGUUGCGGAGUCUCAGGCACAUAUUGGAACCUCUGUAUAAAUUUCAUUUUACCUUUGCCUAACUUUAGUUCUGAUUCUUCAACACAACAAUUGAUUUAUUGAGUCCUGCAUUUUUACCCAUUGAAAAAUGUUUGGCCUGAAGAAAUCUCCCUUGAACAAGAAUGCUAAACAAAAUUCAGUUGGCCCUGGGUUCCCCGGCCAUUCUACUCCCAAUCCUUUUGAUUCUGAUGAUGCGUUGGGCGGCAAGAAAACCCUAAAUCCCUCACGGAGAACUUCUUCUGAACCUACACUAGUUACCCCUAAUCUUAGUACCAACCCAUUUGAUGAUGAUGAGGGAAAACGAAACUCUUCAUCAUCGUACUCUCUUGGUUUGACAUCAAGAAACAGGUACAAGAAUGAUUUCCGUGACUCUGGAGGAUUAGAGAACCAGAAUGUGCAAGAGUUAGAGAAUUAUGCCGUGUACAAGGCUGAAGAGACUACAAAGACUGUCAAUAGCUGCUUGAAGAUAGCAGAGGAUAUGAGAGAGGAUGCUACCAAGACUUUGGUUGCUUUGCAUCAGCAGGGUGAGCAAAUUACCAGGACCCACAUGGUUGCUGCAGACAUUGAGAUUGAUCUUAGUAGGGGUGAGAAACUUUUGGGAAAUCUUGGGGGCAUCUUCUCCAAGACUUGGAAGCCAAAGAAGACUCGUCAAAUAAAAGGGCCUGUUAUGACAAGAGAUGAUCCAACUCAAAGAAAGGGCAACCACUUGGAACAGCGUGAGAAAUUGGGAUUGACUCCUGCACCCAAAGGACGGUCAAGCACACGAACACCACCUCCUGAACCCACCAAUGCAUUGCAGAAAGUUGAGGUAGAGAAGACGAAGCAAGAUGAUGGACUUUUGGAUUUGAGUAAUCUGUUGGAUGAGUUGAAGUAUAUGGCCGUUGACAUGGGAUCUGAAAUUGAUAGGCAAAACAAAGCUUUGGAUCCUCUGAAUAAUGACGUGGAGGAACUGAAUUACCGGGUGAAAGGUGCCAAUCAGCGUGGACGGCGCUUACUUGGGAAGUAGAAAGAGUGCAGGGCUGUUAGACCUCCUUACCUCCCUUCUCUCCUUUUUCUUCUUCUUUGGUUAUUGUACCUGACUUUGUAGACAUUCAAAAAUAUGAGAUUGAUUUCAUAUUAUGAAUUUACCAACAAUUGCUUCUUUCUCAUCAUUUGAAUAUAGUACAUGAUUGUUGGCUGUUUCUCUCUCA